AUGGUGAUAGAUAUUGAAGGAAAGGAACUGAAAGUAACAGUAGAGUCUGUUCAUGACAUGUUGGGCAUACCAAUUGGUGGAACUAAACUUACAGAACUGGAUAAAUGGCCUAAGGAUGAUACAAGUUAUGAUGAAUGGAAGCAACAAUUUAAAAAAGAUUCAAUCAUCCGACUGAGUGCAAUCAACAAUGUUAUUGUUUCUACCACACAAGCUGAUUUCAAUUUCAAAUUGAAAUUAUUAGUUCUUUUUGUCAACACGUUUUGCGAGUCAACAUCAAUGGGAAGAUGCAACUUGUUUCCGUUGAGUUAUAUUUCAAGAAGAACAUAUAUCAGCAACAUAGACUGGUGCAACUAUGUUUUGGACUGUCUUGUCAGAACAAACUCAUGCAUACCAUACUCAGAUACCAGCUUCUUUGUUGGACCUUCUCAGAUACCAGCUUCUUUGUUGGACCUUCAGCUUUCUUGGUGUUCAGAGAAGAUUAGAUAUCGGGAGGCAUUUGAACAAGAAAAAGGUAGAUUUGGACUUGGAGAAAUAAAUGAAGAAUUUGUUGACGAACAUGAUGAAGGAGAUACAGAUCUUGAAGACAAUGAUUAUGACAAAGAUGAAGAUCAUUCUGUUGAGGCAUAUGAAUCAAAAAUAUCAAAAAUGAUUAAUAGUUUUGAGAUGAUAAAGUUCCCUAAAAAGGAAAGCUUUAGAAUUUUCAAGGAAAAGAUCACAAAUAUGAUUGUUGAAGAAAAAACUGAAAGCACAACACUUUUUAAUUUUCCAAGUAAUGAAACUGGAGUUAAAGGAAUCAAUUUGACACCAAUAAUGGGUCAAAAAACAAAUGAUCAAAAAGAAAAUGAAGAUAAAGAGGGAAAUGGAGUAGAAGAUAGUGAUAAUGAUGCAAGUCAACCAGAAGUAAAUUAUUUACUUGAUUCAAAUGAAGCAGAGAAUGAAGCAAUAAAGAAUGAUGCAGAUAAGAAUAAAAAAGAAGGUGAAAUUGGAGUAAAAGAGAAAGAUGGAAACAGAAAUGAAAAUGAGAAUGAUGAAGAGGAAAAAGAUGAUCAUGCUGAGGAAACAAAUAAUCAUGAGGAGACUAUUCAACAAACUGAAAAUGAAAAUUUGUUGGAUAAAGUUGUUGACUGCAUUGUGGACAAUGUCCUUGGAAUUGGAAUUUCAAGUUUAAAUAGUCAAGAAGAUGAAAUCUGGAAUCACCCUGAAAUGAAAACUAUUUUCGAUAAUAUUGAUAUACGGUCACCAAUAAGUACAGGUAAAAAUAAUACUCUUGCAGAAAAGGAAAAAUCAGAAGGUGUACAUGAACAAGGAACAAAAGUUGAAAAAACAAAGGGAGAUGAUACAGGACCAUCAAAGCAUGAUAUGGAUCAACCAAGAGAGAAGAAGCUCGUUGAUGCUUUCAAAUCACCUUUCAAAUGCAGAAUAAUACACUCAAAACCCAAACUGACACAUCAGGAGAGUAUUGUCUGUGAAUGGUUGUUCAACUUACAAGGCAAUACAUCAGAUGUGGUUGUCCAGACAAAAUUUGGUCAGAUAACAGAAAGAGCAAUUAUGGAAAGUCUAUAUACUGCUUAUCUAACUUCAACAUUGCCUGAUGAAAGAAAGUAUGAAAAAUUCAAGGAGAACUUUCAUGAGAGUACAAAUGGGUACAAAAAAAUCUUGAACAUAAAAGAUAUUGACAUGAAAAAUUUCUUUGUGAGAUAUUUUAAAGCAAUAAAUCAUCCAAGAGCAAAUGCAAUCUCAAAAGAAUGUAUCAAACCCCAACGACUUGAAAUGUCAUGGAGAACAGUUAAAAACAAAGUUGAUUGUGGGGUCUUUGCAAUGAGACAUAUGGAGACCUAUAUGGGACAACCACUCUCAAAAUGGAAAUCAGGUCUUCAUAAAGAAAGUGCAGUUCAGCAAACUACUUUAGAGAACCUCAGGCAAAGAUAUACACUAAUAAUGCUAACUUCUGAAAUUAACAUGUUGAAGGCUAAGGUGUUGGAUCUUGCUGAAAAAUAUCAAAAAGUUGAAUUCAAAGUGCGUACUGAUCAUACAUACAAGGCUAUGAAAACAAUUCAAAAAAGGUUAAAAGAAUAUUGA